CUCUCUCCUGCAACAUAAAUAUCUGAAAGCUAGAAAGAAAGAAAGUGGUCAGAAAACAUAAAAAUCUAGUUGUGUAUCUAUAUAAAUUUGUGCUGUACAUCACCAUCAGUAGCUGGUGGUGGGUGGUGGUUGGCGUUGAGGUGUAGUAUAUCACCGCCGCAUUAUCAUCAUCUUCUUUCCUUUUUUCACGGGAAGCUUUUCCGACAAUCCAGCUAACUCUUCCUCCAUACCCAAUGAACCCCACUUUUAUACCGCUAGUAUAAACUAAGUGAGAAAUCCUUGUAUUCAUUCUUUCAGUUUGUGUUUGUUUUGUUAGGGUUUGAGUUCUUUGGGAUCUGAUGUCAUUUUUGAGAGACAAAAAGACAAGUUUCUUUCACUUCAAUUCCCGAGGAAAUUAAAACCCUUUUUGGUCCAAUAAACAUUCCUUCUGUUCAUUGUUUCUUUUUUCGUUUUUUGUCUCCUUUUGUUUGUUUAUUAACUGAAGCUGAGGACACUUGUUCUGAAAUUAAUCCUCUCUCUCCAACCACUCGAAGAAGAAGAACAAGAUCGACCUAAGUGAAGAACUUCAUCAUUUCCAAGGUGAUCCAUCAAGCAUUUUAAGUUGCAGAAUAUGAAUAACUUUUCACACGUUCCUCCCGGUUUUAGAUUCCACCCAACUGAUGAAGAACUUGUAGAUUAUUACCUCAGAAAAAAGAUUGCAUCAAAAAGAAUUGAUCUUGAUGUUAUUAAAGACAUUGAUCUCUACAGAAUUGAGCCAUGGGACCUUCAAGAUUUAUGCAAGCUAGGAACUGAGGAACAAAACGAAUGGUAUUUCUUUAGCCACAAGGAUAAAAAAUACCCAACAGGAACUCGCACAAAUAGAGCUACAAAAGCUGGGUUUUGGAAAGCCACUGGAAGGGAUAAGGCCAUAUACUCUAAAAAUAAUCUAGUUGGCAUGAGAAAGACCUUGGUGUUUUACAAAGGUCGAGCCCCAAAUGGACAGAAAUCUGAUUGGAUCAUGCACGAGUAUAGACUUGAAACAAAUGAAAAUGGAACAAGACAGGAAGAAGGAUGGGUUGUAUGUAGGGUAUUCAAGAAACGAAUAACAACUGUACGUAGGAUGGAUGAACAUGAUUCAUUAGGCUGGUUUGAUGAUCAAGUCUCAUUCAUGCCAAAUUUUGAAUCGCCAAAAAGGAUUAGUACUCAUCCUUACACUUCAAAUACAUCAUACCAUCAUCACCAGUUUCCUGCAAAAUCUGAACUUGAUCAAUUGCAUUACAACUUGCCUCAAGAUCACUCAUUUCUCCAGCUUCCUCAAUUAGAAUCUCCAAAAAUUCAACAGCCUGUUUCUACCACUUUUCAUCCAUCAACUCAACAGUUAAACAUCAACUUGCUUUAUGGUAACAAUAUUGGUGAACAAGAUCUUCAAUUAACUGAUUGGCGAGUACUUGAUAAGUUUGUUGCUUCUCAGCUUAGUAAUGAACAAGAUCCUUCAAAUCCUCAUCCAUCAUCUCUUCAAAUGACUGAACAUAUGAACAUGCUUUUAAGUGAUUCAAAGAGUGACGAAAUGGCUUCCGAAUGUGCUUCCAUAUCCACCUCCACUUGCCAGGCUGAUCUCUGGAAAUAAUUAAUUUAGAAACAUAUAUAAAUGAGUUUCUAAUCACAUCAACAAGAAAAUGAAAGAAAAAGAAAGUAUAUUAUGGUGACUAGAAUGCAUGUAUUAAUAUCAAAGUUCGGCAAAUAUAUUAUGGUGACUAGAAUGCAUGAACUAAUGCAAGUAUAUUAUGUUUUUUUUUUUUUAUAUUACUUUUUUUUUGUUAUUGAUGACCGGUUGAGUAUAGUUUUAAUGUGGGUCGUGAACGGUUCUAAGAAACUUAUCGGACUAUAUAAGCUUUGUUAACUAGCUAAGUAGAUAUGUAUGUAAUUCAUAUAACAUAUUUCUAAUGUAUGCAUGUAUGUACGUAUUAUGAAUGUUCUUAUUUGUUAAGACUAAUUAACAAGGGAAUGAAAGUGUUUAAUCUA